AAGCUGGAGAGAGAUGCAGGAGGGUGGGUAGCGUAGCAAAACGAAAUAGUAAACUCUGAGAAUACGGUCGGUGGCAAGAUAAAUGUGUUUGGCAUGUUACUUUUGUGCAGUAUGUGUUAAUGCAUUGAUAACUAACUUCUGUUAUAUGUUGUGAGCUUUGUUACCGUGACCGUAAUGUACAAGGACUGAAGGAGGAGUGGUGUUUUAAACUGGUUUCCGGUGACGCAUAGCUAGAUCAUCGCUAGCCAACGUUACUACCCAGCAGUAGAGUAGACUUUUUCGGCCCAUCAAAUUAAUACGUAACAAUGUGCUGGCUUUAAUUAUGCUUGUAUUUGGGAUUAUUCGCUAUUGGGAUCUAUGUAGAUAUUUAUCUCGAUUUAAUCUAAGUACAAAGAAAACUGACUCUGAACUGUACUGUAAUCAAUCAACAUGACAAAUCUGUAGCAGUCAGGCCUAGCCAAGGGAUAGGCCGUGGUCACUGGUCAUAGACUGGAGGUUUGAGCGGUAUUUCAACUAGUACCGGGUGGUUCCGUGUAGUUCAGCCGUGCCUGGGUCUCUUUCGACCGACCAGAGCAGCUGCACGCAUUGCCCCUUCGCUACAAAUAGCUAGAUUAAAGCGUAAAUCAGAAAGCGAAAUCCCGGCCACUGUUUAGGUAAAAAGCUGAGGGAUAGGGCUGGAGAAAUGUAUCUACUCUCAAAUUCAUAGACAGAGCUAUGGAUGCAAGGACUGACCAUCCAUUAUAUCAAAACAAUAGUUUUAACCAUGUUUUGAGGCUUUAUAAUGUUUGUUUACUUUUACGUUGUUUCCAAACAUUGAAGGUUAACAAGCUUUUAUUUUGGGUUCUGAUGGAGUGUGGCAGUUGAACUAAGAUCGAGGCUUUUCUACAUUUUAUUCUUCAAGAAUCGAUGGGUCCAUGUCAUUAAUUUAGCAACUGCUGAUUGCCCCUUUAAUUAUAGUGUAAUUAUUGUAUUUGUUCAUGUUUUAUUAGGAUCCCCAUUAGCUGUUACAAUAACAGUAGUUCCUCUCCCUGGGGUCCUAAUGGAGUAGGCGGAAAGGGCAGAGAGGGAUAGCCUAUGCCGUUAGAGAGAAUCUAGUUCAGUAGGACAAGAUUGGGUUUUCAGGAGUGAGCAAAUGUCAGACCCGCUUCACAGGACUAUAUAUAGUCUGUCAGGCAACUAGCGGUGGCUGACCCCUGUAGAGGGGCAAGGUUCUUUCAUGGAGCAACAAAGCAUGGAAGACGACUAGCCGUGGCCGACCCCUGUAGCACACUGGGUCUCAAACCUGUCCUUGGGACCUCAAGCCAUUCCAUAUAUUUGAUCUACUCCAGAACUAGCACACCUGAUUCAACUUUUCAACUAAUCAUCAAGCCUUUGUGUAGGUGAAUCAGGUGAAGGAGUGUUGGUGGUGCUCUGAGAGAGUGUGUGUGUGGCGGUGCUCUGAGAGUGUGUGUGCCCAGAGCGAGCCACCAUGCCCGUGACAUCACAGCUGUUCCGAGGCUUCCCUCGAGCGAAGCUCUGGGGUUCCUCCCUGUUCCCAUGCCAACGCCAGCUCCCCUGCUGCCCCACCUCCCACCGGCCCACCUCGUCGCAGCCCCACCCCAUAUGGCUGACAGCCAUGCCCGUGCGUGGCUAUAGGAGGAGCCCUGACCUCCACAGCUACAAUCUCACCCCCCCACAGGUCAACUCAAUCCUCAAGGCCAACGAGUACAGCUUCAAGGUUCCAGAGUUUGAUGGUAAGAAUGUGUCAUCGGUGAUGGGGUUCGACAGUAACCAGCUGCCUGCCAACGCACCCAUCGAGGACCGGCGCAGCGCUGCCACCUGUCUGCAGACGCGGGGGAUGCUGCUGGGAGUGUUCGAUGGCCAUGCGGGCUGUGCCUGUGCACAGGCGCUGAGUGAGAGGUUGUUCUACUACGUAGCCAUGUCCUUGAUGCCCCAUGAGACCCUGUGUGAGCUGGAGGCUGCAGUAGAGGCAGGCAGGCCCCUCAGCCCCAUCCUGCAGUGGCACAAACACCCCAACGACUACUUCACCAGGGAGGCACAGACUAUGUACUUCAACAGCCUCAGAACCUACUGGCAGGAACUCAUAGACCUCAGCAGUCCAGGGGAGAGCCUAGGGCCCAGAGAGGCGUUGCUGAGUGCCUUUAAGAGACUGGACAGUGACCUGUCUCUGGAGGCUCAGGUGGGAGACGCCAAUUCCUUCCUCCACUACUGGGUUCUGAGAGUGGCCUUCUCUGGAGCGACUGCCUGCGUAGCUCACAUCGAUGGAUCCGACCUGUAUGUAGCGAACACGGGCGACGGCCGGGCGGUGCUGGGGGUCCAGGAGGAGGACGGCUCAUUCAGCGCUCACACGCUCUCCAACGACCACAACGCCCAGAAUGAGAACGAGGUGGCCCGCAUCCAGGGGGAGCACCCCCUCUCUGAGAAGAAGACUGUCGUACGACAGGACCGGUUGUUGGGCCUGCUGAUGCCGUUCCGUGCGUUUGGAGAUGUGAAGUUCAAGUGGAGCAUUGACUUGCAGCGAGGUGUGUUGGAGUCAGGACCAGACCAGCUCCAUGACAACGAACACACCAAGUUCAUCCCCCCCAAUUACCACACCCCUCCCUACCUCACGGCCGAGCCUGAGAUCACACACCACCGCCUCCGACCUCAGGACCGCUUCCUGGUGCUGGGUACAGACGGGCUGUGGGAGACGCUCCAUCGACAGGAGGUGGUCCGGAUCGUAGGGGAGUAUCUAACGGGGGUCCACCAGCGCCAGCCCCUCACCGUGGGGGGUUACCAUGUCACCCUGGGACAGAUGCAGGGGCUGCUGGCUGAGAGGAAGGCCCGUGCCUCCUUAGCGUUCCAGGACCAGAACGCUGCCACCCACCUGAUUCGCCACGCGGUGGGCAACAAUGAGUUUGGAGCAGUGGACCACGAGACGCUGUCCAAGAUGCUGUCUCUGCCUGAGGAACUGGCCCGCAUGUACCGCGAUGACAUCACCAUCAUCAUCACACAGUUCAACCCCCACGUGGUUGGACACCAGCGCCAAGGGGGGGAGUCCUGAGCCAGCUCAGCCUAUUAGAGGGGAACGUGGACAUGAACAGGAAGUUUACUUUCUAGGAGGAAAAACACUGAUGUGAGGACUGGGUCUUGCUACAUGGUUAAGCUCUAAUCUUUAUUUUACCAAACGCACACAAAACAUACUGUUAAUGGACUAACCCUGCAGAGGGAGGACUGCCUACCUUCGGACUCCUUAUUUUAGGAUUGUUAUUGAAGAGGUGUGUGUACAGUAUGUGCACAUGUGAGCACACAGUCCUGGUCAUGUGGAUUGUUGAAAUGCUUGCUGAUACUGAUCACAAGUUGGCUCUUUUCUGAGUGUUGUGGCCUGAUGUGUGUACAAAGCUUUUUAAAGGAUAUUUGAUCAACCUCUACAGCAUUCUGCUUCUCUGCUCUGUCACAGUCUCUGCCCAUAGGAAACUUUAAUUUGUGCCUAAAGAGUUUGCUGCUUUAUAACUAUGUUGUCUGAGCAUUGAGGUAAUGAUACGGUGGCAGCCUUUGUGUUUGUUCAAUCUGGCCUGUCUACUCCUCUACAAACAUCCCUCCCUCUUUCAUAUCACAGAUUCUGUGCUGUGCAGUUGCAGCAUCUGUCUUGCUCUAGAGCUGCAACUGGCCUCCAUCCUGGCUCUACCGCAUGGCUCUGCUGUUACAUAGUAGGGCUCUGUCUGUCUGUGUUCUGUCAUUGGAUGGAUCAGUGUCCUUUAUACUUGUUAUAGACGGACAGCCAAGAGCCCCCGGCACACUUCUUGUUAUCUUAUAUUUUGAAUAAUGUUUAUUUAAAAUGUUUUUAAUCUGAUUUCAAACAUUGACUAUUUUGUCAACCUUAGAGAGUAAUAACUGCCUGUGUCUAUAAAGCAGAUGUUAUUGCUCUGAGACAGACGGCGUCACUAAGAUAGGAACCAGUAGAGCUACGUAGUGUGCAGGCUUUAGAUCCAGCACUAACACCUCUAUCACAACUACUCGCCCACAGGAAUCAGCUUUGUUAUGCGCUGAGUGUGUCUGAGAGAUUCUACAGCAGACUGAAGGAGUGGUGGUAUUCUGUAGAGGAGAGAGAGAGGGGUGUGUGAUCAGACGUUUAUUGUUUUAGGGUUGCAGAGUAUACAUGUUUCAAAGAAACAUAGUGGUUGAACCUUUCGUGUUUUUUGACAAUUAUACUCUCAUACGGGGGAGGGAUAUGGUAUACUAACGUCAUCAUGCUUACAUGGUGGGUAUUCUAUCAAACAUGUUUUUAAAAAGUUUAGUUUUUAGUUUUUAACAGUGUAUCAUUGCUAGCCUGGUGUCAGAUCUCUGUCUGAGGUAACCAUGGAAUUAGGAAUUGAACUGUAACCAUCUCCUGUCAUGUUCAUGCCAAACCUCCAGAAGUGACUAAAACAGAGACAGACUUAGUCACUGUUGGCAGGACACUAACCAUGGUGUGGUUCUAGGCUUGUAUAGGUCAGAUGAAGGGUGUGCAUCAUAUGAGGUUGUAUAUCUCGUGGUGGUGUAUAUUUAGGAGAGGAGAGAAUGUAAAGCUGAAGGUGGCUCUGUCUGGACGCUGGCUGAAUACUUGAAGGUUAUUUAUGCAACUUUUAAUAUGUCACAGUUAUUUAUCCACAAUUAUAUGAGAUGUGACAGGUAUGUAUGUACAGUGUCCUGUUUGUGUCCAGUGACCUGUUUGGGCUUGAGACUAAAGUUUUUUUGAAUUUGGAAACUUAAUAAAACAAUGGCUACUACACA